GAAAUCCUUGCUUGCUUGCUUUUUUCUUGCGAUUUUAGUAUAGGUAGCUAUCACUUGCCUCAUGAUGAAUGCUCGAAUCAUCAAUCAUAUUAUUGACGUUCGUGAGCAUGUCUUUCAUCCCGUCAUAUCAUAAACUCGGCGUUUUCCGGAUCCCUCUCGGUCUUCAGUACAAGUCUCGAUCUUCAUCACCGUGCAUCUUCUCCUUCACUUUUCUUUUUCGUACCAGCACUAGCACUUUUCUUACCCCUAGGAGUUCCCUUGCUUUUCCCCCUCCACAGUCACCCAUACCACCCUCUGCCCUGUCCUACCCAAUCUUCCCAUCUCCCUCAACCCCAGCACCCUCACCAUCAGCCCUCCCCAUCUUUUUCUCAAACCUAGCCCACCUCAUCGAAGCUACUGGUUUCCCUUCCCCACUCCACCGGCCAAACCCAGGCCUUCUGCCAAUUGCAGGUAGUCGAUGGUGAAUUGCGAGAGGUCGGGUUGUUUUAGGAAGACGAGGAUAAGUUUGGUGUCUUCGAGUUGAGGGUGUGAGUGGACAUUCUGAUUGGGGCGAUAUCGGUCCAAUCAACAAAGGCCAACAAUGUUCGCAGUAUGCGUCAUCACAUACAUGACACAGGAUAAAACAGGCAUCCAUAAAUAUGUCAAACCAUCUGAUAGAGACGUCCUCAUCUCUCCGAUAACUUUUCCUAUAUUCUGCAUAGAACGAUAAGAACAUCACAGCUUGACACCUCUGAUUGAAUUCUAUUCAAGCCCAUGGGAAGUUGCACAGUUGAAGAUGGAUUCAAACUCGAAAUCCCAAAAUCAACACUACAUCCCGCGAUUUCUGCUUAAACACUUUGCUUACCCGUACAAGAAACAGGCGGGAACCAAAAAGCAACAACAUCUGCUCCAUGCCGUUAACCUCGUCGGGUCUUCUCCUGAGCUAGUCGAAGUAACUGUGAAGCAUACGUUCGCCGAACGUGAUAUGUACAAGGACGAUUCUAAAUUAACUCCUAAGCAACAAAUGCGCAUAGAAGAGAAGCUGGGUCGCCUCGAAUCGGCAGUAAGCAACGUCAUUCGGAAGAUUGUGCGUGCCCAGGAGAAUGGCAAAAAAGAUAUCUGGAUGUCUCGGUCCCAAAAGGAUCUUCUGCGCAAAUUCCUGUGGGUGAUGAAGUAUCGUAGUCCAAUCUUCUUCAAGCGUUUCAAUCACCAAAAGGCAGAAGACUAUGAUGCGAACGACAAGCAUGAAUUUCUUGAAUACAUGCGCAAGAUGAAUUUCCAAAGGCCACUGGAUGUUUGGUUUGACAAUCUGACAAAAAUCAUGGAUACGACCAUGGACCCGGAGGGGAAAUGGGUAGAGGAUUUAUUCGAACAUAUAUACCCUGGAGAUGCUCUAUGGGUAUUCGCAAACAUUCAGACAAUGUAUCUUGCGCUAUGUACGCCAUCAGACCCAAGCGAAGAGUUUAUUCUUACAGAAAACGCUUUCAGCAUACAUGAAGGUCCUGUUAGUUACAAAACAGAUCGUAGGACUGGGAAGCAAACUCAGACGGCCUAUACAGAGUUUCACGUCAUAGGUGUUAUCUCACCAAGCCUCAUCAUGAUUCUACGGCACAAUUUACUUCCCGAACCUAUUGAAGAUAGGGAUGAAGAUGUUCGAAAGCAAAAAGCUGGAAUGCUCAUGUUUGAGAUGCAAUGUCAUAUCGAUCCCAAGAACGCCAGAUCAUUACUCAAAGACCUGCCUGUCGCAAAAGCUCGAAACUCGUACACCAAAGAAGUAGGUGGACGACUUCUGCUUGCAGAAGGUAAAGACGGAGCUCGUCGCUCCUCUGAUCGGUUCUGCUUUACCCUCUUCCGUCUUCCCAGCGAACACGUUCAGAUGCUUAAUUCAGUCAUGUUGGAUCAAGCCUGCAACAUAUCCAAGAUCGUUUAUCGGUCCCGGUCUGCGCUGAAAACAGCUUUGGAAUUCUACCUGGAUAUGCCAACACAGACUAAUGGCAUCUACAGUAUGAAAACUAUUACCGAACGACCUGAUGAUCCUUACAAGCGAUUAUUGGAGAAAUUAGAGCAUGUAGCGAGAGAUUUGGGUUCCAACAUCCACGCGAGAUACCAUGUUGAUCCCUUAGAGGAAGGAGAUAGUCCAAUCGAUUUCGAAGAGCAUCUCGCAAGAGAUUUGGGAUUUAAAGUCCACACGAGAUACCCUGUCGAUCCCAUAGAGAAAGGAGGCAGUCCAGUCGAUUUCGAAGAUGCUGUUAUCGAAGUAUUGAAACGAUCCUCAACAAUCGUUGGUGAUCCAAUUCGCCUCUGUAUGGAGAUUUUGGUGAAAAUAGUAAGCAUGCUCCAACUCACCAUCAGGAGCAUACAUGCUAUAGACCUAAUCGCGAAUGAUCGGCCGGAAUUUCCGGAAAUGGUCUAUAGAGAAAUACAGAAGGUCAGCCAAGGUUCAACUAUCCAAUUAUCUUAUGACAUUAUUUCUAUGCCAAGUUAUAAAUGGCGGUAUAUGUGGGAAACGCUAUGUUCUACAGCGCUUGCGAAAUCAGAGGGAAGUGUUGCUUCUGAUAUUGAAGAAAUAAAGAAGAAGCUUGUGGGAUCAAACUACGAAUUUCUCUCACACGGAAUUCGGUCGCCAAGAUAUUGGGAAAUUGAAGCAUUCUCUCGCACCAGCAGUGAAUUCGAAUACCGGCCAGAUUCUACUUUACAAACUAGCCAAGAAAUUAAGAAAACAAAAUCAGAUACCACGUCAGUCCAGCGAAAUUCAGGUCUCUCGAAGAGUGGAAUCAUGAAAGCAUUCGAUCAAAUUGGACAUGAUCUCACAGGGGAAUGGAGCCCUGUUCGUCAGACCACAUCACAUAUCUCCAAAAACGGAUCAGAUCAGAUCUUCGGCGAGCAUGAUCCUCAGACGUCAAUGCGCGACAUAGAAAGAGCAUUCGAGAAAGAACUUGCGCCCAACAAAAACACAAUCAUGCAAACGGAAAAAUACAACAAAAUUCAGGAGUCUAAUCAGAUCGAGACACCAAAACCGUUCUCACUAGUACGCGAGCUUAAGAAGUUGGACGGUGAAACGAUAGCUGACAUGAUACGAGCUAUAUUCGUAAUAGUAGCUUUUAUGGUAUUGCUCUUCAAAGCACUAAUGAAUAUUGUAUUACUUAUCAUUGGGGUUCUUUCCUUUAUAAUUCGACCUCUUUGGUAUGAAUGCGUUAGUCUUAGAGAAGAGCCAUUUCAUCACGAGUGUGCGCUCUAAAGCUCAGAUUCGUCACAAAUUUGAUAUGUUGGAAAAUAGAAAUGGGAUAUUUAUAUUAAAGAAUAAAUUGUCAUACUGUAUGAACAGCAUAAUGAAGUUCCUAUUUAUCUCCGCCUUGGGAGAAGCACUCUAGAUAUGCGGGUGAUAUAGAACUCAUCCGAAAAAUACGAAGAUGAUAGACCCUCAAGGUAUACUUCCAUAUGGCUGUACAUAGUCCUCCUCCACACCGUCGAAUUAGUAACUAUGUCCGUUCCGUAGUAAUAAUUACUCUCAAACAUCAAAAUGAACA